AGGGAAACUUCCAAAAACUGCUUCCACUCUUUCAAGAUACCUACACCACAAGCACCACCAGCACCUUCACCGUUACCUCGACGACUUCAAUGACCACCAGCAUUACCAGAGCCUCAAAGACCUCCACCAGCCAUCUGUCCAGCACAACGAGCACCACUCAGGAACCCAUCCUGGAAAUAUUGGAAGGUUGCCUGAGUGUCUCCACGCUCAGCGCUGACGUCUUCACGUCGAAUCCACUGGAAGCGCAGCAAGCGGUGCAGCAGGCUCUAGCAGAUGCCACCCAGGUGGAACUGGCAAUGGUCGAGGUGACCUCCCUCUCUUUGGGCGGCUGCACAGCCAGCAGCCCGGGCGGCCGGCGCCUGCAGGAGGAGUUGUCCUUCGACUACGUGAUCCGUUUCCCCCCGUCUUCACCCUCCGCGGCGGGUGGCCAAAGCGUCGCGCAGGCCACGGCGAAGCAACUGGCAGAGAUGCCAGUCAACGAGGUGACGACUUUGGUGAGGCAACGCUUGGCGGAGCAGCCAAUCUUUAAGGAUGUCGAGGUGGAGGUGCUUUCAGUGGAAGUCAAGGUGAUCGAGGUGACUUCGACCACCUCAGGGGCUCCGCAGCAGGACCCCGAGGGAGGUGCUGACGGUGAGAUCGUGGCGCUGGUGGCAGCUCCGAUAGCCCUCCUGCUCUUUUGUAUCCCAGCUGCCUGGUUCGCCUGGCGGUGGCGAAGGCGAAGGGCGCAAGUGACAAAGGUCUACUUGCCAAGCGUCGAGGCCCAAAGUGGACUUCGCGAGCCCCGCCGGCAGCGACGCCGGCGACGACGGAGAGCCUGACACGGUACUGGACAUACCACAGGCCGUGCCGCUGCACACGCGAGCCAAGGAGGUGGAUUUCCAUCAGUACGCCCGCGGUUUGAGAGAUGCGGAGCUGGAGAG